AUGAGCUUUCUUGGUGCUGCAUUCUUCAAGGAAACUGGAGUACGCCCUUACACUCCUGACUUCUACUUUGCACAAGGUGAGCUGACUUUGAGGAGUUGUGAGUUGCAUUGCCAAACCCUGGCUCCUGAUGGCCAUCUUGCUUCCUUUCACUGGGAGGAGCAGAGUCGAAUUAUUGGCAACAGUUUACCUGAAAGGACUGGUCUUUGGAUUGGCUUGAAUGAUAACUACAAGGAGGGGGCUUACUUCUGGACAGAUGGAUCUUCAUCAGAUUUUGUGAACUGGGACUCAGGCCAACCUGAUGACUAUCGUGGUGAAGAAGACUGUGUGCAUUUCGUUGACCCUACAAUUAAUUGGAACGAUCUGCCUUGCCAGUCGAAAUUGAGUUUUCUGUGCUCGUAUAAACUGCCAAGUCCCUACUGUCACUGAAAGAAUCCAUAAGUGCUCCAUGGAUCCUGUCUGGGGUUUUGUGCUUCUAUCGGCUUGUAGUUGUGGUCACAGCCAAUGAUGACUGUACUGACUUAGUUUCUCA